AUGAACGAUACGUCAACUUUAGACCGCGCUUCUUCAAAUUUAGGUUGGUAGAUUUGUGAAGUGUUGUUUUGUGGCAUAUGUAUACUGUACAUAGUUUGAUAUUGAUUGUGUUUAUGAUGUUGACUUAGGCUCUUUACACUUUAUAGUUUAUAGCCACUAAUAGGCAUUUCUAUAAGACUAUAUUAACUUAUAUGCAGUGUUUAAUUAAUAUGGGUUAACUCUUGCCCAAGUAAGUUUUAAGUGUGUAUUUCAAUUUUGAACACUAUUAUCUUGGAUUAAGCAAGAUAAUAGUGUUCAAUAGUUAUUGUACAUUGAUGUAACUGUUUUUCAGAGACAUUGGAUGAUUGUAUUGCUGUCUGUGAAGAAUUGACUGAAGAGAUAAAAUCGAGUGGACAGUCCAAAUGGGCAAAGCGGAUGCAGUCUGUUGAGAGUGCAUGGGAAGGCAGCAGAGCAACAAUAUUCAAAGCACUCUUAGAGUGCCAUGCAAUCCCUUCGUCAGAUGCUUUAUGUUUUAUUUGUGGUUGCAAAACUGCUGUGAUAUGUUGUCAUCAGUGUGGUCCAAGAGUGCUAAUGUGUUCAAGCUGCGAUGCUGAAUUACACGAAAAGAAACCUCUCCAUGAUCGAGAUGUGUGGACGAAUGGGUUUUUCCAAGAAAUUCCCCCUACAACUACUGUGCUGGGAGAUGGAUCAUUAGGCUUUACAAGUCUGUAUAAAAAUUAUCAGUCAUUUGAAAAUAAAACACUUGUUUCGGGGAUCUUGAAAUGAGAGGAAAGUUAAAUGUUGAUGCAUGCACAGAUGGACUUACUGUACUGUACUGUAUGAAAACAACACAUGCCUAAUGGUAGCUUGCAAGCAGCAGUAUUUACCUGGAAAAACUCUCAUAUGUUGUUCACAUGUAUAUAUUAAUUUUUGUUAUGUUAACCCAUUGAGUCGCAUUGUGCCCUGAUUUAUUAUUUUACUCUGUCUAACGCCAGACGAUUUUACUUUGUCUAACGCCAGACAAUUUUACUCUUCAAGGGGAGAGUGCUGGCACUUAAUGGGUUAACUGACCUAUCUGUCCAUGUGUCUAGUUAACCCAUUGAGUUGCAUUGUGCCCUGAUGCACCCUACUUUAUUAUUUUACUCUGUCUAACACUGCCCGAUUUUACUCAUCAAGGGGAGAGUGCUGGUGCUUGAUGGGUUAAAAUCAAAUUACAAAUUAAUUACAGUAAUAUAACCACCAAGAUGGAUGGUAAGUGGUCAGUCAUAACUUUUAUACUGUGUUUGUCUUUUUUUAGAGAGGUGUGCUCCUUUUCUGUUGUGUGAAGCAUGUUUGCUUUGUAAAAGACAAGGAACACUUGAACUGGUUUUAUCUGAAACUGAAAGCUGUAUUGUGAUCACUUGUGAAGGUAUUAUAAAGUUAUCUAAUAGAUAGAUGAAACUUCUCUAACUGCAUCAAUUUCUGUACAGGAAACAUACUUUACUACAGUGUAUAUUAUUCAACUGAAUGAACAUGCAGUGUUUCACAUACUGUAGAAUGCUCAUCAGCAGGUGUUCGGUACAUUAUUAUAGACAGCACAAUACAAUCGAGGCACAGAUUGCCUCCUGGAGAAACCUUUUCAGUAAUCUUCUAAAAGCACAUUACCAUAGUUUUAAAGCUAUAAAUCCCUUUAUUUUUCUUUUACUGAAGGUCGAUUUGAUCUAUUCCUUUGCUCAUAUUACUGCAAUGAUUGUGAUGAGCAUUUCUCACCAGUCACACUUGAGAAAAUUAUUAUGGAGGGUUAUUGGCCUGGAAGUCCAAAGCAAUUUAAUCAUGUUUUCUCAGAACAGCUAUUCAGAGUGUGGGACUCUGUGAGGAAGCACAUGCCUGGAACAUCAGAAACAGCAUUUCUUAGAUCACUGGGAAAUAUUUCUAGUGAAAGAGGCAGAGUAUGUAAAAUAUGACUUAACACCUGUGUGGAUUGAAACUGAACAACUUGAAAAAUUUCCUACAGUAAUACAACAUAUUCUUUGGUUUACUUUGUUUUACACUAAAUAAUUUUACAGUUUUAUUCAUCAAAGGGUCAACAAUGCAUGUUAAUUAUACAUUGAUACGAGACUGUACAUUUACAAUGUACAUUGAUGUGAUAUCUUCACUAAAUUAUUUUUGUCAAAAUAUGAUGCUUCUCAGGAAGUCAUGCAAUAAUAAAAUACAUACAAACACAAGCACUUUAAAACUGGUUAAAAUUUUUGUUACUGUAUAAAAUAUGUAUAGAUCUGGUUUUAUUAAAAAAAUCACAUAAAGUAUACAUAAGUCCAGUUUACUUACAGUAAUAUGAUUUUCCUUGUAGUCAUCAACUAUCAAUGUGGCAGUUUUUCACCGGGCAUUUAAAGAGUGGUGCUUUGCGAUGCAUGAAUUAGAGGCCAUGAAAGGGAAGAACUGGAUUGACUGUCCAUCUUGUUAUGAGUCUCAACAUUCUUGUCAUGUGGAUGGAAAUGCAAAGUUAUAUAGAUACAGUUGUGUGCCAAG